CAUUGUGAUAAUAUUUUACUUGGCUUCCUGACGGCAGCUCAUUUGAGUUCUACAACCAGACCAGAGGACAAGGAGGCGGAGGUAGGUGGUGGGAAAGCCAGAAUUCAUUGAAAAGUGAAAGCGUUUGCCAAGAAUAAGUCCAGAGGAAUCCGGAGACCGAGACAUACAAACAUACAUAUGUACGCUGCCAUGUUGACAAGUGCGAGGGUGUGGGAAUUGAAAGUCCACAACCUCCGGUUGCCUCAAAUGUUGUCAUUGCUGCUUCUGGUGAUGCUAUCUGGCCAGGUGUUGCUCAGCAACGGCGCCACGGUCACCUGGGGACAUGUCAACAAAUAUGCCAGCCUGCUGCACACCGAUGAUGUUUACCUACCGCCAGGGACCCCGGGCCGAGAUCUCAUCUACGGCUCGCAGAAUGCCAGCGAUAACUACCGGAUUACGGGUAUACACGUCGAGGAUCUAACCGAAGGACCGGAUGAUGUGGCAACAGCCUCCAUCACUGGAGGCGGCAUUGGCCACAAGUUUGUAGUCGUGCAUUGCCAGGCUAGCCAGAAGAACAUCACAGCUCAGGGCAUAGCUCAUCUACAAGUGUCUUUUUAUGGCCUGGACCUUUAGAAUGGCCUUAAUAUGGACUAGGACUUACAACUGUGGCAUUACAUUGUAAAUACUAUUUACUUAUUGGUAAGAGAAUUUUAAAAACAUGGAAUCUGAGGAGCUAGUAGCAAUAGAGUAGAAAUAGGCCUAUUUUGUAAGGUAUUUAUAUUUUGAACAAUUUAUCAUUUGUUAGAAACUGUGAA